AUGGUCCGUCUGAAUCGCAUACUCCAGCAAAUUAACGACUUCAAUAUUCGAGCCUCCGAGUCCCAAUUGGACUCCGUGUCCAUAAAAAGUGACGUCGAAAGUCUAUCUAAACAACUUGACAUAUGGCUCAAAGAACUUCCCGACCACAUACGGGACACGCGCGCAAACAUGAUCGAUUAUGCAGAACAAGGACUUGGGCGAAUGUUUGUCGCUAUCUACUUGGGAUACUAUCACUUUGGCCAGAUGCUUUUCUAUCGAUUUUUACAUGAGGAUUCACGAGCAUUCGACAUCAGCACGCGGUAUUACGCAAACAAAUGCAAGCAGCAUGCAGGCAGUCUAUGUGAUAUCCUCUAUGCAUCUGAAGAGAUACCAGGGUGUGACGUCAAGUACAACAUGGUUGGGCAUGUGGUCGUGAUCGCAUCGACAGUGCAAAUUCACAGUCUUUUGUUUGAGGGUGAAGAGGCCAACGUCUCACUAGCUAAAACACGAUUGGAAAAGAACUUCUGCAUUUUAACCCAACUUCGCCAGCUCUGGCCAACUUUGGACAUCUGUAUGGAACGUCUUAUGGCUUUUCACCAUGCAUGCAGAGACUCAGCCGAUACCAGUUUUUGCAUGGACAGAUGGAUGGUGCGUUUCCUAGUCGAAUUCGCAAGCCCUGUCAGCGACAAAGCUUCAGCGCAAGAUCAAAAUGUCUGGUCUUUUUCUGAUUUAGGAAUUGACCAGACCAGUCCAAAAGCUAGAUAA